CAUCAAAGGACACUCAAAUUAUAUACAUGCUAUAAAAUACGCAAUAUAUGCUUCUUCAUAAGCUUUUCAUCAAUAAAUCAAAACAAAUUAUCCUGAAAAUCUGAGAAGGAGAAAUGCCUACAACGAAACUUUUUUCCUCUUACGCUUAAUAUUGCGUUCAAAAGAUGAUAUAUUCUUUCCAACAUAUCUCAUUUGUGUAAAGGAAUCACCAGAAGUCGUCCUCCGAUGCACACUUAAUGUGCACAUUCUGAUGACCAUACCAUUAACAGAUAAGAUGGCACAACAUUUAACUGACAACAAAUGUGUAUUUUGAAACAUAUGUACAGUUUAGGAGAUUUAUACUGAGAAAAGAUAUUUUGUGUCUGUCCCUACAACACAAUUGCUGAGUUCAGUGCACAUGCGAAAAGUGAAAAUGUUCUAUAUUUCUAGUUCCAUUAUUGCCAAUGUAAUAUGUGGUGCACACAAAAUUAAAAUCAUUAUUUAUAAUUGGAGCUUUUUUGUUUUUCAAUUAAAAUAACUGUUUGUUAGAAUAGUGAAUAAUACAUCUAAAAGUGUUUGUUCUAACAAAAACAAAAACAAAAUCCAAAUGAUCUUUUUGGUAUAUUGCCAUUUUAUAACUUGUUUGUCAGUCAUUAGUUGUAGAAGUCAUACCAAAUUUUAAAAAUGAACAUAUUGAAAUGUCAACUUUGAAUUUUAAGUCAAACAUUUAUAAUCCAAUAAAGAAAUUACUGAAAAACCUAACAACCAAUACACACAGCACCUUUCAACAUUAAAACAUCCAUACUCAUUAGCCAAUUAAUACAAGUACGUUUUAUUGCAUUUUGGAAUGCUGAUGAGAUAUGUUGAAGGUUUUGUUUUUCAAAUUCAGCAAUGUUUUAAAACAAUUCACAUAGAUUUGAACGAAAGGACUAAAACACUCAACAGAGAGCGCGUCCAAAAUUAAACGAUUGCUACAAGUUGUAAGGGGAAAUCGAUAUAAAUGUCAUCUGCAAGGAAAACAUCAAUGGACGGUAUAUGACAUCAGACAUGAAUUAACGUAACAUAGCAGCUGAGUUUGACCAUGUCCAGCCCAUCAGAUCGGAUGAGGUUGAAGGAUAGGAUCAUUUCAAACAUUGCGAAAGCAAUCAAGGCUAUUCAGGAGUACCAGUUUUAUAGUGGACAGGAAAGCAGUAUCACCCUGACUAACUCUGAUUGGCAGUGUCACAAGCUAUGCGAACAUCUGGAUCAUGCCCUCCUGCAUGGGUUGCGCCAUGUCACCCAUGGUUACUGGAGGAUGGUGAACGAGUUUACCAGAAAAAAUGCCAUAAAGGACAUCGAGAGAAUCCAGAAUGUCACAACCGAUCUAGGAAGAGGAAGGGCAUGGAUCUUCAUGGCCCUGAACGAAAACCUCCUGGAGAGUUACCUCAAAUGCAUUGCAGACAACUCCAAGUUUGUCAAGAAAUUCUAUGUGAAGGAAGCACUUGUUCUUGACGAUCAAAGAAUGAAUCUGUUGUUGACCCUGACUUCUGGACUUGAGAUGGUCUGUUUUCAACUGGAAUGUGAUGUGCCGUACCUGGACCUGAGCACGUACCCACCACGUAGUCGCUCCCUGUCUAGGGAGAAGUCUCAAGAAGAGGAUAAAGUUUCAAUUCACAGCAUGGAGAGUAUUGCCUCUCGGAGGAGCGUCUCAGGGGUUGAGAUGCUAGCUUCCACUCCUGAAUCUAACAAGGUCUUGACAGACAGUGAUUCUGGCAGCAUCACCAGCUUUGAAACAAACGGAGUUAUGGAAAGUUCAGUAGCAGGGUCGGUCUCUUUAGACUCCGGAUGCCAUGUGGACACCAACAGCAUUAUGUCGAAACACGUCUGCCCAUCCACUACUGACAAUGUGUCGACAUCUAGUCAUGGGUCAGGGUCAGAGGUUGAGCCACGAUUUCGUAGAAUUGAGACGAUAAUUAGUGUUGAAGAGGACAUUGAUCAGAUUGAAACAGAGCUGAAGGUCAUAAGGGUCAAAUCAAAAGGUCAAAAGGUCAAGGGCAAGAAACCGAAACGUGCUUCAAAGGUUGUUGAAAUUCCUCCCAUGAAGGAAGAAGUUGAUAGGUUUCCCACCGAGAUAUCUCAGUCACCAAAUAUUGAGUUUGUUGAAGCUUCCAUACUUAGUUCUUUCAAAGAUGUGUUUAACGGUCAUAAUGAGGAGUUAACUUCAGAAACUGAUCCUUCAAGAGUAAACAUGAAUACAGAAACUUCGCAUCAAAGAAGGAGGUCUCCAGGAGACGGACAUGAGGAUGUUCGUGUCGUCAAGGAGACUAGCAAAACAGAACAAUCAAAGGGAGAUAAUUCUAAUCAAAGUGAUCAUGUAGAUAACAGAGUUGUCUCCCCUUCUGGCUCAAAUCAUGGGUCAGAAUCAGAAAUCAUUCCGAAUCAAGAAAAUCAUUCAUCUGUUCAACUCUGUGAUAACACUGAAAAUUCUAUGUCAGAAAAGUGUGACUUUGCGCAUAGUAAGCGGAAGAUUGAGUCAGACAGUAGCUUUGAAGAAGCAGCUCUUUUACGAGACAGUAAAAAGCAUCAUCAGUUGGCAGAAAAUUGUCCCGGCAGUACUGAAGUGGAACCAACAGGGCUCUUGGACAAUGCAAUUGUAUUUUCAUCAGUGUCUGUCCAAAAUAAAGAGCGAGCGAGCCCAAGUACCAGUGAAAAAUAUUUUGUAGGUUUUCACGAAGAUGAGGAUUUUUACAAAGUGAGGCGGGUGGAAGAGGUCAGUAAUUCAGAUACCGACUAUUCUGCAAAGAGGCAGGACUAUGUGGACUUCAUUGUUGGGGAUUCAGAUGAAGUAAAAGGGGAUGAGGUGACAGAGAGUGAGCUGGAAUCCUCGACAGUAGAACUGGAUGACCUGGAGUGUGAAGAAAAGGACUACAGUGUUGAACUUGAUAACAACACCCUGCUGUGUCUCAUGUUGGACGUCUUCUCAGAUCAAGAUGAACAGUUUGGGAAGAUGUUCUGCACAAGUCAAGGUCACAGUGAAGGAGAGCUGAAGAGGAUAUUUCUGCUGGUUUCUGAUCGAGCCAUGUAUCUACUUCACCAGCGAGAAUGUGACCAAAAGUUUAUCAAGGACAAGGACAUUCCCUUCAAGGACAUUGACUUUCUAGCUCUCAGUGUCAACAAUCAGAUUAUCAACAUUGUGUGCACAAAUCGACGGAAGCAGUUCUGGCUGACAACAGGAAAUGAAACUCUCACAUGUGCCAUCACCAGCUGUAUUUCAUCAGCCAUGGAGAACUGUGAGUUCUCCCUUCCCAAACUGACUGUGUUGAACGACGCAACUACACAGAAGAUAUGCAUGAAGAAAUAUGCCGCCAUUGAGGCCCGGAUUGAGCCAGGAGAUGUAUGUGUGGAGGGCUACUCCCUGGUGUACUGGGAGGACCCCCACUCACAGUCAGCCAAGAUGGAGCAUGCAAAUAGGGAAGGAACAUUGCUGUUCAAGUCAACAGAACAUGGGAAGGGACAUCUGUGGAAGCCAGCUUUUGUUGUUCUCAGAGAUGGGAUGUUGUGUGUGUUUGAUGACAAGAACAGUAAGCCACAGUGCUUCUUGAGGCUUGGUGGGGAGCAGUGUGUUGGUUGUAGACGAAGCACGGACAGCGAUCGGGAACACUGUAUUGAGGUCAUCAAAUCCGAUGGAGGACUCUGGCAGUUUUCUGCAGCCAAUCACAUUGAGGUCGCUGACUGGCUGCAGUGUCUAUGCAAGGCCGUGUCGGAGGGAAGUCAGAGCACUGGGGAUGGUUGGAGUUACCUCUCCUGCUGUUCUGUUUUGACCCAUCAGAAGAUUCUGAUGUGUCAUGAGGACGUUCAGACGAGUUUCUUCCGAACGCUUGGCAGCGCCAACAUGGAGGAGGUAACAGGGAUCACCAUCGAUGCUGAAGUCAAGAACUACUGUAUACUGGAGUUUGAGUCCCAGGAGGCAGGGGUGAGCAGCGAGCAGUGGGUGCUGUACUUCAACUCUGGCUCAGAGAUGAUCCGCUUCACCAAGGCCAUGUCCAAAUGUUGGGAGCAGCAAUUUCAGAUUGAAAUCCCUAUCAACCAAAUCGAUGAUGCUCCCCUCCAGACAAGAUGCCAGGAAACAGCCCGUCAUGUAGUGGGACUCUACACAUUGAAGUAACUCCACACAGCUCCUCUCCUUGUACACAGACUCUUGAAGGCUUACACAAUAUACUUCUACAUAUAUGCAGCUCUUGUAUAUGGACAAUAUAGUUUAAAACACUAGGUGUUGAUGACUGCAAUAUCUGGCUCAUGUCGACACCUUGUGUUGUAGUCUUGUAGUGAAUCAUCAAUUGUAAGACAAAAUGUUGUGUCACACAAGCUUUCUAUUGCUAGUUUGAUGCUUCAGCUUAAAUAUGAGUGAUCAAGACUCUUUUGAAAAUGCAGUGUCUCUGUUUCUAAGUGCCAUUCAAAGACCUGUGUCUCUUUGUCUCUUGUCUCCAUUGGUAAAACCAUUUGGUUGGUAAAAUGUUCAGCUGAAGCUUUACUGUUACGGAUAUGCUAUUUCUUGUGUGUGAAUGGUUGGCCUGCUACAUUAUGCUAAUUGACAAUGUACUUUGAUAGUAUUCCCUGUGAUAUGAUAAAUAUUGCUUUCACCAGCAUCAGGAAAUUACCAGCUGUGCAAGGAAUAGCUAUAAAAGUGCUGAUGUGGUGUAACACAAUAUUUAUUGUAUAUUCCAUUUAAUAGUCUAUGAAAGGCUUGAUCAAUACUAAUGCUUGUCACAAGUGUAAAGUUGAGGGUUAAAGAUUGAAGGGUCUCUGCAUUCAAAUACCAUUGGAAGAAAACUCAGGGACACAAGGACUUCCCUUACUUUCAAACAGUGAAACUAAGUGUGACAGGGAGUUUCACAUAUGAUGGUAGUUACAUUUAUGAUGAAGUUAACUCUACAUGAAAAGGUACUACAUUCUUUAGUUACAUCAAAUCAGGGUUUGGCAGUUAAAAUGUAUUCUGUCAGAUGACCUCUGUCGAUGAUCUCAUAGAACAAUCACUGGUCCUACGUUAGACAGAGUAAUAUUAAGUUUUAACAUUUAUUAAAACAUUUUUUAAUUUUUUGUAUGUUAAUGGUUACCAAAUUACGGAACCAUUUGAAUAUCUUCAAUUUUAUAUUACUGGUCAUGAUUCAUGUUUUCUGUCGGUAGUUGAAUGGACCAGCCUUUUGUCAAACCCUUAUCAUGUAUGCAAAAUUAUGAAGACGUGAGAACCAUAUAAAACUAGUUACUUGACCAGGCUUCUUGGAACCUCAUUGACUGUAGAUGUGGCAGAAGCUCAAGAAUAUGUCGUUUUGUCAACUGUGUAGACAUCGUCCACAUUGGAUGCUGCUUUCACCUGAUCCUACUUAAUUUGACAUUGAUGGGCUGGACAAAAUCCAGGAAUUAAUUCAUUUUUAAAACGUCCAGUUCCUCAGUCUGUGCCAAAGUUUUUUAAGUCUUUUAGCUCAAACCUGACUCAUAGCGUCAUUUGUUUUACAUUUUAUGCACAUUUUAGUGAUAUGUGAAUUUAAUUAGAUGAGAUUCUCAACGAACAGAAUUUUACAAGACUCAACCAAAGUCCCACUGUGGCCCUUAAAAGAUAACGAAUUCAAGAAUAUUUUACAAAUAUUGAAUAUUUUCUACUCAAAAAAGCUAAAGACCACAUGAUUUUUUCAUUUAACAUUAACUAUACUACUAGUUAUAUAGUAGUAAUGUAGUAAUAUGAAAAAAUCAUUUAUAGCUCGGGUUUAGUAUAUCAUGUGUAUCACUAUUAGGUUACAUGGUUCUGAAGCUAAGGAUGUGUUGAUUGUCAAGCCGUUUAUAUAUUAUGCUGAUUAUGUAUCUCCGUUGCCAAGGUGACAUCAGGGUUUUACUAUUUAUAGUUGUAGUAUGCUUUCUCGUAUAGAGCAGUACUGUAUUUAUUCUUCAUGGAAUGUUUAUAUUUUUAGUGGUUUCCGUACGUCUGCUCAAUAUUUUAGUGCAUUUUAGUUUCGAUGUUUUAUCUGAUUUUGUUUAUUUCUAUUCUCCAAUUGUUUAGAACUAUGUUGAAAUCCACAUGUACAUACAUUUGCUCCUGAUGGGAUUCCAUUUAAGGGUUUCCUCUCUUUUGAAGAAUCUAAAAAUAAGUCUUAAUUUAUAAGAAUAUACAGUGGAAGCUGUCUAAACCGGGCACUCAUCGGGACUGAAGAAAUAAUCCGGUUUAGACAGCAUGCCAGAUUGUAGAGCUGACACAGUUACCUACAACUAGAACUGGACCAGCUUUGUCACUCUCAUACACAUUGUUGUAUCACGUGGUUCUCUCAACUACUGCACACACUGACAAUAGAACAUGUCAGAUCACUAAUUACAUGUACAAGUGUACCCAUACUGAACUAAGAUUAAAUUAUCUUUGUCUGCAACCAUGUGGUUGUAACGCAGGAUUAAUUAGUGACAAUACACACUCGGCUAACUCCUCGACACGUGCCGGAUUAGACAGCGCUGAUUACUGUAUAAACACAUAUUCAGGCGGCUCAUUUCAUGCCAUGAUCUGGAAUUGACAGCGGCUGGAUUGCAGAACUUUUAAAUGAUGAUAAAUGCACUAGCCAUGGACGGGACUGAGAUUUUAUGCCGGUGUUGACAGCUUGCCCGGAUUGGACAGCUGCCAGUUUUGACAGCUUCCACUGUAUACAUUUGCUGAUGAUAGUUAUUAGAUAGUGAUGAUGAUAGUUAUUUGACAUCGCCUCAAGUGGGAGAAACAAAAGAAUGACGUAACUUGUUUUUGUUACUGUUACCUGAGGGUUAAAGUGUUCACUCAUCACACCGAGGGUCCGGGUUCUAUUCCCCAUAUAGGUACAAUGUGUGAAGCCCAUUUCUGGUGUCCCCAGCUGUGAUAUUGCUGGAAUAUUACUAAAAGCAGCGUAAAACCAUAAUCACUCACUAACUCAAUUACAUAUGAGACACUUCUCAUCUUAUACACUUUCAGUGACUUCAGAGUGCCAUCACUCAAAGCAAGAUCGUAACUUGAUUGAUUGAAUAAACAUGAAAUGGGCCUGGUGUCAACCUGCAGACACUCCAUGUUGUCACUGACUUUGGUUUCAUUCUAGCAAGUUUUGUUGCACUUCACCCUUCUUACUGAUCCCUGUUCAAUUCUCUGCAGUUAAUGCGAAAAGAUUUUACAUAUUUCAAAAGAAUUCAUGUUUUAGAGAUGCUUUGCAUGUCCUUCUGUUUUUAUUAUUGUUUUCUGUUAGGCAUAUGUCUGUCGAUUAAUAAUCAAAUAUAUUUUAUUUCUUACGACAAUCUUGAUCAAGGGGAUUGAGUAAGUCUGUUUAAUAUGUACAUACUGUAGUCCUUAUGUGUAAAUAAGUAUUGAGAAGGUCAUUAUUUUACUGCCUUCUUUUUGUAACUAGCUCACAGUAUUUUUAUUCAGAGCCAUGGAACUAACAGUUUAUUUCCAAAGACAGAAUCUGCAUUUUGUAGACUCGUAUCUGAAAUAUGUUUGAUACAAGUUCAGUAAUGGUGUUCUUGCGUCUCAAGCAUAAAGUGAAAAGAACAACAUGGUUUUUUUGUAAUUUUUUCUGCUUUUGAGCUGAUUUGCUUUUGUUACAAGUGGGAAUCUAUCUGACAAAACCAAACUUCACACAUGCGGAAAAAUAAUAUUUGUUCAGAUUUCUUAUAUUCCUACCCCAAGAUUGAGUUGAUUUCAAAGUAGCUCAUCAGGAAAUCAAAUCUGUUGAUUUAUCCCUUACAUUUCAUUUCAGAAAAAUAUUCAAUUUGUUGAUUAUUUUUUCAAAAAUUUCACCUUGAUAAUACAUAUUAUAAGAUAUCAAUUUUUAACCCAUGUUUUUAGAGUUACGUUUUUAUUUUCGUUAGUAAGUCUUUAUUUUGUAAAAAAUAAUAUUAAUAAUAUUUAAAAGAAAAUGGAGGCUCGGAAAACAUAUUUUUGUUAUGCUACCAUGUUUUGUUUCUACAUGUGUCUUUCAUUGCUUGUUGUGUGCUGAUACAUACCAACACAUCUCUUCCUUUGAGUACCAGUGAAGAUCCGGGUUAGAAUUGAUCUUCACUAACACAUGCAUGUUGUUAGCAGCGACUAACGGGAUCGGGUGGUCAGGCUCACUGACUUGGUUGACACAUGUCAUCGUAUCCUAAUUGCUCGGAUCGGUGCUCAUGCUGUUGAUCACUGGAUUGUCUGGACCAGACUCAAUUAUUUACAGACCGCCGCCAUUUAGCUGGAAUAUUGCUUAGUGUGGCGUAAAACUGACCUCACUCACUCACUUCCUGUGAGAAUUGGCUAGAUAUACUGUAUUUACUGUAGUAUGCUAUAUAAGCACCCUCCGACUAACUUCAAAACCAGUAUAUAUGUACAACGAGUUAAAAAAAACUAAUGACAUGAAUCCUUGUUUUCACAUAUUUGUAAACUGCACUGUAAAAAGAGUAUGUCAUGCAUUGUAAUUAUUCUCAAGGGCAUUUAUUUUUUAGGACAUUUGAAUUUUGGGUUUGAGGUUUUCAGACACUUAAGGGACAUUCAUUAUCUUUUUUGGUCAUAUUAACUUGUAAGAGAUAUCUUUUGGCUAAACCCAAGCCAUCAUUGAAGAACUUGCAAUGUCUAUGUGAUGCAAUACUCCUCGUUAUAGCUUGGGUAAUCACUGCUGUCUGCAAACGUAUGAUGUCUGAAAACCAUUGAUCCAAACCAUCUGUUCUCCAACACUCCUAUUAUGUCGAAAUGCUGGCUUUAAUUCAUCUCUAGUAACUCAUGCUUGUUGUGAGAGACGACUGACAAGAUGAGGUGGUCCUGCUUGCUUACAUUGUUGAUACCAAUAAUGGUAUUCAUAGUUUCGUUGAUGGUCAUGUUGCCAAUCACUAGAUUGUCCUGACGUAUUUACAGACUGCAGUCAUAUAGGCUGGAAUAUUGCCCAGUGGGGCAUUAAACAACAUACGAACACCAAACUUAUUCAGUCGAAUAUGGUGGUUUGCGUGUACUGCUUGUUAUGGAUGCUAAAUGAAACAUGUGUUCCGUUUGUUGAGUGAUUUCAUUACAAUGGAUUUACCAUUGGCAUUGUUUCGAAAAAAAGUCGGGGCCAAAGGGUAACCUUGUGGUUAAAGCGUUUGCUAGUCACACUGAAGACCCAGGUUCGAUUCCCCACAUUGGUACAAUGUUUGAAGCCCAUUUCUGGUGUCCCCUACCAUGAUAUUGCUGGAAUAUUUUAAAAGCAGCGUAAAACCAUACCCACUCACUCAUAUAAAGCCUGCUUAUCUAACCUACAAUGUCCACAAGCUUGAAUACUGAUAGCACAUGAUAACAAGAGACAUUACUAUCAGUAUCUCAAUGACAUCGGGUAAAACUGUUCUCAAGUGGCUAUUGUCAGUUGACUGUAACCAAGCAAAUAUAACCUCAUUAUUUUACUAAAUGGUGGAAUAUGUGAUAAGUCCUGAUGUAUUCUUAGAAGCUCUCCAGAUAGGGUUAUCCCUUGUCUGAAACUACAACCUUCCUACCUAGUUAUAACUAAUGUCUUACCAUGCUUGUCACAUGGCCUUCGAAUGGAGUUUACUCAAGGUGAAGGAUGUAGGUAUGUGCAGUGGACGUCAAUGGAAAUUGUUUAUUCAGAAUAUAACUGAAUCUCAUGUUAUUUCUAUAAUACCAGAGAUGACAGCAUGAAUCAUGCAUGAUACCGGUAAUUAUAAUAUUGACACUUUUGAGAGUCUUUUAGUACAUCCAGUACUUUAUUGUUCCAAACACAUUAGACGUCGUACAGUAUUAAAUAGACAUGGGUGUGCAUGGUUGUACACUCUCAAAGUCGUGAUUCUCCGGUGUAUUAUUUUCCCAUUAAAUUAUGAACAAUGAAUCCAUAUGCAUGGAUGGUGGACUCCAAAUUUCAUUCAGCUUGUAUAUGCUGUCAAACCUUUGGAUCAGUUUUGUGAUAUUGUACUGUGCCAUUAGUCGUAAUCACGAUAUGGCUGAAAUAUUGCCGAUGUGACGUUAAAUAAUAACUCACUCACUCACUCAUUAGUCGUAAUGAGGAACCAGUCAUGCAGGGCUCGAGUCAAGAUAUGUGUGCACUCAACAGUACUUCUAUCAGUCUGUAAUUUAAGUGACUGGACAGAUGUAUUUAAAUGAAUGACAAUAAACACAUGACAAAGAGUGAGCUUCUAUACAGGUCAAGCAGAAAGCAUUCCCCAUUUCACACUGAUGGAUGUGUGGGUGACUCAGAAUCUUCUAAAUAGGUGUUUGAACCUAAAUUGGCGAAGUGGUUGUCAAUAAGGGUUUCAACUAAGGAAAUGACAGUUAUGUGGGUCAGUGUGUGAAAUUGUUUCCAAAAUUUGCUUGCCAGUCGGGCCAGCUAUGCCGGAAUGUUACUAGCCCACAAAAUAAUUCACUAGCCCGAAAUUUGAAUGUAGACACGGGUUUCAUCAUUAAGCUGCUAAUAUGAUGAACAUUUUUAUCAGGCCAUAAUCUUGCAUGACUUACAAGUGUAUUGUAACUUAACAAGUCGGAGAGAGUGAUAUAUUUACAAAAUGACCCCAUGAAAAUUCACAAGCCAAUCGGGCCAGUGACUGUGGAGAUUUACUGGCCCACCUUGAUUAUUACUAGCCACAGGUAAGCGGGCCAGUGGAUAUUUUGCACUCUGAUGUGGGUCACAGUGAAUUUUGCUCGCACAAAAUGCUGUCAUAUUACAAACGUACAGCUUAAACAGGUAUUAAAUGAAUCGAACCUGGGUCAUCAGUGUGAUGAGAAAAUGCUUUAACUACUAGGCUACCCCACCGCCCUAAACAGGUAUUUAAACCAUCACUCCUUCAAAUGAUGCACAGGCCAUUGGGUAGCCUAGUUGUUACAGCAUUCACUCAUCAUGUCAAAGACCGGGUUCAAUUCCCCACAUAGGUACAAUGUGUGAAGCCCAUUUCUGGUGUUCCCUGCCUCGAUAUUGCUGGAAUAUUGCUAAAAACGGCAUAAUACCAUACUCACUCGUUCCAAUUAUCCAUUGCUGCUCCAAAGCUCUUGCAGCAUCUCAGUCUGUAUAGUUUAACAUUGCGAUGAUAGUAAAAGACGAACUCUUUGUUCAAUACUUUAUCCGAAAUCAGAGCAACAUCCAUAACACUACAUUGUUUGUUUUGUAUUGAUUGCUUGUAGCUUGACGUAAAUAUCGAAGCCAGUUGAUGUUGACUAUUUAUUGCUCUGAUGCAUUGUUGCAGGGAGUUGGGGUAGCCCAGUGGUUAAAGCGUACACUCAUCACGCUGAAGGCCCGGGUUUGAUUCCUUACACUCACUCAUUGUUACAACUAGACUGCUAUAGUGUCUGUAUGCAGGUCUGUUCAUCAUGCUGUGUACAAAUUUGAUUGACAAAAUAUGUACCAUGUAGAUUUUGAAAUAAUGAUGCCUGGAUGUAAAGAGAUAUUAUUAUGAUCGUGUGUGAGUUGACUUAUGUGUAUUGUGCCUCGGAGACAUAUAUAUAUAUUUUUUGCAUUUGUUAUGUUACACCGGUAACCUGAUAUUGACAGGGGACCUGUCAUUAGCUUAUUAAUCUAGUCUUGUAAAAAAACAAGUGCGUUGAGGGCAGAAACUUUUGCAAUAUAUAUUGAUAUUUUUUUUGGCCAAAUAUUCUGAUUUUUUUUUGCAUCGUAUCCUCCCUUUCCUCCUUCCCCCCACAAAAAAAAUAUUAUAUUUUUUUUUACGAUUAGUGCUGUUUUGUCUGUUGACGGCACUUUGGUUAAAUAUGCUUUAUGUAUAUACUCUAUUGGCUGAUUUCCAUACAGAGGUCUUCACCAUGAAGGCAGGUCUGUCUUCAAAUAGCUUUUUAGCUGAUUAAAAUGGCUUACAGCACAAAACAACAUGCACUCGCUGCCCAUCUUUAAGGUAGAAAUGUACACUCGACUCUACAGUAUUGUUGCUGUUAUUGCUCUGCUGGGUAUCGUGGUCACAGACCCUCAGAUGCAUGCCAUUUUGAUUAUAUAUUGUAGCGUUAAUUCCAAAAUAAACAUUAGACGAUAAUGUGACAUAAUUUUAAAAAUAGCUACCAUGUAAAAGUCACGAGUAUAUAAGUCUCAAAAUGAUGACCCAUUAUAUUGGCCUCGCAUGGAAUUAAGGGUUUCUAUUGCGUUAAUAUAAAACUUUUAAAAUAUACCACUCAAAAAUAUUCAAAGACCACAUGAUUCUUUCGGAGAACUGUAAUCAAACAGUCCUUGUUUUCUCGUUUUACGCAGGGAAAAAAUAAAAAUAAAAUCACCAGUCAAAGUAAUAUUCCUUCUAAAUACUCAAAGUAUUUUACUUUUGGCAAUUUAUGAAGUGUAUAUGGGGCAAAAAACAAUUUCAAAAAAAGUCUUUCUUGUAAGUUUACAUUUUGGGCCAAUAUAAACAUUAGGAUUGUAUUUUUUGAGCGGGAAAAUUUUUUUAAUUUUUUUUUUAUUAUU